UUUUGCUUCUUUAUUUUCUGCGAUUGCUCUGCGCUUCGUCAAGACAACUUCACCAGUCUCUCCUACCUCCCAACCCACAAUUACCUCGUGCAUUGUUCUCUCCCGUCCUUUUAAGCACAAUAAUGGUCAUUAACGACAACAACAUGGCCUCCGAUACCAUCCCCGUCAGCGCCACCAAUGGCACCUCAUCCUCUGCCGUAACAUCCUUCACCGUCAAGGCCGGUCUGGCUCAGAUGCUCAAGGGUGGCGUCAUUAUGGACGUCGUGAAUGCAGAGCAGGCCCGUAUUGCCGAAGAAGCCGGUGCCUGCGCCGUCAUGGCCUUGGAAAGAGUUCCUGCAGAUAUCCGAAAAGAUGGUGGAGUGGCAAGAAUGUCAGACCCUCAAUUGAUCCGAGAGAUCCAAGCCGCCGUGACCAUCCCCGUCAUGGCAAAGGCCAGAAUCGGCCAUUUUGUCGAGUGCCAGAUCCUCGAGGCCCUCGGCGUCGACUACAUUGACGAGAGUGAAGUUUUGACACCCGCCGAUGACAAAUUCCACGUCGAGAAGACACCUUUCAAGGUCCCCUUCGUCUGCGGCUGCAGGAACCUUGGAGAAGCUCUCCGAAGAAUCAGCGAGGGAGCCGCCAUGAUCCGAACAAAGGGCGAAGCUGGUACUGGUGAUGUGGUCGAAGCAGUCAAGCACAUGAGAACAGUUAACCAAGACAUUGCCCGAGCGCAAGCCGCUCUGUCUGAAGGAGAGGGUGCCAUCCGAGCUCUGGCACGAGAAUUCGAGGUUGACCCCGUCCUCCUCAAGCAGACAGCUGAAUUAGGAAGACUUCCCGUCGUCAACUUUGCCGCCGGAGGCAUCGCCACACCUGCAGAUGCAGCCUUGAUGAUGCAACUGGGAUGUGACGGCGUGUUCGUCGGAAGUGGUAUCUUCAAAUCUGGGAACCCAGCAAAGAGAGCAAAGGCCAUUGUCCAAGCCACCACCCACUACUUGGACGCCAAGGUCCUGGCUGAAUGCAGUGAAGGUCUUGGAGAAGCCAUCGUCGGCAUCAACUGCGGCACCAUGGCACCAACUGAGAAGCUUGCUGGUCGUGGUUGGUAAAUAUCAAAGACAAGGCAUCUUCUGGCGUAUGGGUUGCGAGAGCAAAUGGUCAUUAACUUCAAUCGGAGUUUUGUAGACAGAUGUAAAUAUCGUCACACAAUGAAAUAUAAGCGGCACUUCGAGAUUGGUAAUGUCCCUCGUUCAAAG